UUCUGGAGCAAGGAAGUUGCCCUAUUCAUGUCAGUGUAUCUUGUUGGAGCAAGUCAUGGACAUGCAUAUUUGUUUCAAAGGUACGGAAUUUGCUUUUUAUAAGACUGAAUAGGAGCUUCUGAUCUGUGGAUCUCCUUUGAUACUGAAAUUCAGUAGCUAGCCCGAGAGUUCUUAUGACCUAAGUUCCAAGCCGGGUAUGCACGACCGUCUGGAUGUGUGAUUUUCUGCAGGAAUACACAAUUCGAUUCUAUUCGAAUGGUCGUGGAUUGAUGGCAUUGAUGCGACAGCAAAAAUCUUACGCUUACCUCAGCGCUCAGAAAAUCAAUAUUCCAAUUGACACGAUUCGUCAUGAUUCGGUCUGAUAAUCCGGGAUUAUUGACUAAGGAAAGAUUGGCUGCAUUGCAGACUUCAACGUAAAUGACUGUACUCAGCACGUUUCUUCGUGUCAUCAACCGUAUAACCACUGCUGGUCUUGGGCAAGGCAUUGUUGCUGCUCGGACUCGGCGACUGUGCUGUACAUUGCGUUACGCGAAGUUUAUGUUUAGUGAAAGAGCGACUCCUAGCACUUCCGCCCUUCGAACACUGCUGCAAAGUCAAAAAACCUUCACAUUCCGUCAUGUAACAAAUGCCUCGGUUUCAUGUUAAGUCAGGCGUUAAGUGAAUUUAGUAACUCUGAAAAAGUGCAUGGUUUACGUAACUGUUACUUUUACUGCAUGGAUAUCACGUCAACGGUUAAUGAAAGUUAAGGAAAAGAGAAGUGAAAGUGAAAGUCAUGCAAGAUUUAUCAAGCAACUAAUAUUGCGGAACAGGAAGUCAAAUACGCUUAAGUCGAAAGCUGCUUGCUGCACGUAACCGAAUGUGUUGGCUUUCUAGUCUCAAUCUUAAUCUUUUAAAGUCUUGUCGAUCAAGCCUGUCGGUUUAGCUUGCCCGCCUGAGUAAAUAAGGUCUGGUAGCAGUCUAGUAUUGCAGUUUACAAGCACAGAACCUGCACAACUGGAGAGCCAUCCUCUGUGUAACGGUUCGCCCAUCAGUCCUCGCACUUCCGCUCAAAGCCGCUCAAUACUCUAUUUUGUACGUACUUUGUAAGCUUAACUGAAGAAUAUCAAAUAAGACAAAUUGAACUUGAAUCGCUGUUCCGAACCCUAGACCUAUUUACGGUUCAGAUCGUUAAGCUUAAAGCUUACAUUGCGAUUAGUCUCGGCUUUGUUUAAUUCCGGCAAAAGUCCCUGACGUGUGAUGCUUUUAUAAAUAGAACGCCUGCAUACACACAUUGCGUUCUUUCGUGGGUAGCAUUUAGCUUUUUUUUCUCUCGUACAAGGAAUGCACGGUUAAAAGCGUUUUUUGUUCAAGUAACCUGUUAGAAUAAAGUCAAUAAACGAUAAAUAAAAAGUUGGAAGGACAACUGGAAAGGGUAAUGUUCGGAUCUUCAUAUCACAUGCAAAGAAGGACAACAAACUGAGUUAAAGAAGUGAUCAGAGUAGCGCAGCUUAAGAAUACCCAGAUAGCUAACAGCGUCAUGAGAAGUCCAUUCAUGAAUCCUCGCUAGUGGCCAGUGUCACGUAUUUAAUUGUCCCUCUUCCAGCUAGGCGGCAACUCAGUUACAGCGGUAUAUUCCCCACCUCUGUACAUAGGGUCAUGUAGAGUCCAACUGCAUAUUCAAUCAGCAAAAACAACUACACAAAUAAUGUGAUAGUCAUGCGGAAAAGAACAGAAUGUAAGAAUGGUUCGCAGUUGAAUGGAAUAUAGGUUGGAGUUUUGCCUGAUGCUUUGUGUCCUGUACUUCAUUGUCAAGUUUACUUGUAAGGCUAACCGAUGCAAGGACAGUAUAACUCCAGAUACCUAAAGAGUAUAAAGGUAAGGCAAAUAAAUUUGGUUAGUGUCUCAUCAAUUAAAAGGAUUAAUUGAGCAAACUAUAACAGCAGACUGCAACAGUCUAAGAGCAAAUCUUUAAGUUUUGGAACUUUUGUUAUUGUGAAUUUGUUUUAGAACAGUCAACCCACUGGUAAUAGUUAUGCACAAUCAACACCAGAACAAUAAACGGACCAUUGCUACUCUCACUGGGACUUGAAUUCAGUUAACGACUUAUCCACAGUGUGAGUAUUUUGAUAUUGAAAUAUUUCAUAAGGAUAGAGAACCUGUCACAGAGUGCUAGCUGAAAUAUUAAUUCGACGGUAAUUUGAUUAACUUUUGUUCAUUCUUUCAAAUGUACCCAUCCCCGGGUCUAGUAAAGGAACACUUGUAUCGUUAUCUGGUCUGAACUUAAAUGUCUUAGUUCGUAUAAAUGAAACGAAAUAAUGACAGUGUGUAAUUUUAAAGAUGUUUUCAAAAGAAUCUUAACAAUACAUUUAAACACACUUCUUGACUAUUAACUAAAUUUGUUUUAAUUAAAGCUUAGUCAGACCAAGGUACCAUCCUUGGAAAGUCUCAUUUCAACGCUUGAUUAUGAGAAAAUCAACAGUAAACAGAAUAAAAAAUGACAAGUUUACAGCACAUUUGCUGCAAAUUUACGGGUGCAAUCCUUGCAAAGUUUACAGGAGAAUUAAGUCCCCGAACGCUUGCUCUGACAGAAACAAUUCCAGAAGCGUUUCAAUUUCCUCCUUCUGAUUGAGCAGACUGAGAUUAUUUAAUGGUAAACCAACCAUUUUUUCGAACAUUUUCCAGUUAAAGACCUUAGAAUCCAGCAUAAAAAACCUUUUUUGGAAAGACAAAAAAGUAAUGUUUCAUUAACUUUCAAUCAAAAGAAUGAUAGACUAAUCACUACGUGCCUAAACGCCUCUUGCUGACAUUGCUAGUUUAUUGUUCCAGUGCACUUAAAGCUUUUAAGCUCUAAAAUAUAGGCUUAAAAACCUACAUUUUGAAAUAAACCCUCGCUCAACUCCAGAGGAUUUCUGCUUACUUUUUGUUUUCAGUAGAUGCACAAAUCACUCAUAUAAGUUCUCUUAUGAGUCGUUUUCGAAUGGGAGCUCAACCGCCGAGUUUAGGUUUUCGUAAACAUCUUUGAUGGUUUUGUUCUGCGACAGGUCCUGGAACAAGCUGACUAUUGGACGUGAUGAAACAAAACAAAAAACAAUACUUUCGAUUUUCAUGGAACGAUGAAUAACUUAGUUUCGGAACCAAAAAACAAAAACAAUACAGGCAGGUAAUGACCGUCUGGUAAACCACAGAGCGUUUAAAGGCAGACAAUAUAUUGACAAUGACGUCGCUUAGGGAUGAUGUUUGUCAAUGAUUUGAGGAGACACAAAAGGGUAGUUCAAAUUCCCUUCAGGAAGAAAAUAACUUCCUGAUUAUUAAAAUACUUACGUUUCCUGAGAAAUUUUGGUUCGAGAGACGGCAAUUAUAAAAUAAUUAAUGAUGAUAUUACUUGACACAAUUACAGGUCAACAUGCCAUUUUUUUGCUGUUAGCUACUUAUAUUAAAUUUAGCAAGAUCUGGGGUUUCCCCGGCCGUCACUUGAAGACGUCACUUUAAAAUCAUGCUCAAAAUGUAGCGGAAAUUUAUAGAUAUCGUUUACUUCCUCAAAAUGACCAUUACUCUGCCAAAGUUGGCGAUGGACUGCCUAAACAAUUACAUUUAUUCACUGGAUCGUACAAGUUGGGGAGUAAGUAAAGCAAUACGAUUAACCUAAUUUCGGCUAACUUUUGAAUUGUUUAAAAAGCAAAUUUCAUUUUUAAAAUAUAUGUAAAUAAGAGACAGGAAUCGAAUAGAAUCAAAAGAAAAAAGAUCACUUUGAGUAAGUUUUGGCCUAAUUUCUGUUAAACGAAGAGAUUCCAAUCAACUCAACAUGGACUCACCUAGUUAUAUCCUGGGUGGAUUCUGAAUAGAGGCAAAGAAAACAUCUUAUCUUCGACUCAGGCCCUGGUCAAAGUCGAAGUUCACAUGUUACGAAUCUAAUAGGUUGGUAACUUGUAAAGUUCUACGUUUGAUACUGGUCUUAGACCAGAGUGGUACGACAGUGACUCGUUUCUGACAGGAAGUCGAUUUGAAUUUUAGUCCUCGACAGUGAUUUGUUUCUAGUGUUCGAGGAUCUAAGCAUUAAACUUGGAGAACCGAAACUACUAUUCGUUUUGGUUUCUUCCUUACCAGUCUGCACAACUUCGCUGUUUACUGCAAGGCCUCAAAAUUAUAGAAACCAAAGAUUGCGUGAUAAAUUAAGACGUUUAAUGCCUGGAUAAUUACAUAUUAUGCCAUUUUCUUUCCUGAAAACUAGUAUUCAUUAUAUUUUAAUUUCUAGCCUCUAAUUUUGCCUCUGACUCUUUAAUUAACAGGAGCUUCUUCUAGGUGGCGUCUACUUUUUCCUCAUACAUUUCGGGUCCCAAAUUUUAGCUAUUAGCGAACAAGAAAGAUAUACAGUGUGCAUGCAUUAACUACUUUGAAACUCGUCGAAUUUAUGCUGACGUUUAUCCAAAUAUCGUACAAACCUUACCAGACCGAAAUUGACGCUAGCAUCUGAAUAGAGCAAAAGGCACUGCAGUACAACAAAAUGUCGACUCGUUUGCUGCGUAAUCGCAAUUCUUGCCCAUUGUUUCUUUAGUUUUAUUUGUUCCCUUUUUGUUUUGUUCCUUACACGUUGAGUUUACCGUCCAUGUAAGGCCAACAAAUAUAGGAUACGUUGGAUUGACUGAGCUUAUACCUUAAAUAGACUAUCAGUAUAUCUUGGCCGAUUACACCGUUUUAAAGGUUCAGAAUUUUGAAUAAAUCUGUCUUAUAAUCAAUCACAUAGACAAGCAUUAUUUCUGUUUCGGAAUGGUAUCGUUUCAUUGUGCAUUCUCUUGAGAACUUUUUGUUACAAAUAUGAACCUAGCAACCAGAGUGUUGUUGUCGCAACGGAUUAAAUACAUCCGGCACAUUGAAGUUCUACAGAAAGCCUUCGUCACGGAGGGAAGUAGCCGUAUAUUCGAAAGUUUGAAUAUAUUCGAAAGUUUGAACGUUUGAAAGUUUUCUCUCUUCAAGGAGCGCAGGGACUCCAGUUUGCAUAAGAAGAUUUUCUUACUUUUCUUAGAAAGCGGGUAUUGUGCAAAGCGUUUCUGCUCCAGUAUUCCCUUAUUCUGCAUGCCGAGUGACUCUUCCUUUUGUUUUAUUCCGGGUUUAUAGUCAUCAUCGAAGUCCGCCUUUAUUUAUUUAUUUAUUUAUUUACUUUUUGUGGUGAAAACAGACGACGAAAUUGACAUCAUUAUUCCGUUUUUUAUGUAUCCCACUUGUAUUUGGAAUUUGAAUUGCAGUUCACUGGUCGAGACUACUAUAGUAGAAUGGGAAUUCUGGAUUUCAAAGCAUUUCUCUGUUUCUGUUUCAUAACCAGCUAAGUUGACUAAAUUUGAAAGAUUUUUGUGGAUACAUGUAUGUUCAAAGAUGAUUUACUCUUUGUAAUACUCUUUGUAAUUGUUCUAAAAAAUGGACAGCAGAAGGAUUGGUAGCUCAGCUGGUUGGUGGAGGCAGAAAAUCAAAAAUACCACUCUCUAGACUUUAUCUGCUAGACUAAGUAUCCCUUCAUAUCUUGAAACCGCCGAGGAAAAGGCAAACGUUAAGAGGACGGUGACUUACAUCGAUCGAGGAAUUAACAAUUAAUGAAUGAGGCUGAGUAUCUUAUGAAGAAUUAUGGAGAUCGAGGAGGGUGUUAUCCGUCGAGGCCGUAGGCCGAGGCGGAUAACACCCUCCGAGAUCUCCAUAAUUCUUCAUAUGAUACGAAAGCCGAAUUCAAUAAUUGUUUUAUUAUUCAUUCAAAAUAAUUCGUACUUUAAAAACAUGGCUAAAACAUGCUAACCUCCACCGAUCCAUCGAUGUUAAGUUCAUCUUCGAUAGAGCACGUUUAGGUUUGUCCGGCUCCACAAAUAUUCUCCAAAUAGCAGAUGUCGCCCUGCGAGUUGUCUUUUUUCUGUUCUUGCCCUGUUUUUAGCUAUGUUUUUGACUAGUUCUUACUCUUGAAACGAGUGAAAUGUCAGGCAUUUUUCAAGUUCACAAUCAAAACAACUCAACCUCGUCCCCAGGUCUUCUCGGUUAACGGUGCCUUAACCUGCGAAAACGCUGCAUUUUUGACGUCAUUUCCUCGUUAAACACGAAAUUCUUCCAAAUUUGGUCAUCAAUAACUGGUUAUGGUGAAUUAAACGAGUGCUUUUAGCCAAUCAGAAUCGGGAAAAUAUUUUGAAUGAAUAAUAAUAUGUUUUAAAGUAUGAAAUAUAUAUAUUCUGAAAAAAAGACUUCACCGAUUAUUGGAUUCAGCUUCCUAUAACAUGAAGAAUUAUGCAGAUCUUGGAGAGCGUUAUGCGUCUUGGCCGAUAAAACUCUCCUCGAUCCGCAUUAUUGUUCCUAUGUCAAACUCAGCCACAGCCAAUGAAUGAAUGGAUUACUUAUAGAAAGAUAACGAGCAGUUUCUUAUUUUCUUCAAAGUUACCAAGGUAGCUAGCGCCCACUGUCACUCAGAAACUCGACAGAUUGAAGAGAAAAGGCGGACUGCAAGCAAUCUAAUUUUUUGUUAAGAAUGAGUUGGCGGCUAUUUUUUCUUGACAUAACGUGUGAAACUGCUUCCGCCAUUUCAUCCAGCUCUGCCUAAACAGCUGAGCUAACGCGCGUCCUACGUCAAAGAGGGGACACCAUACUGAUAACAAACGGAUAAUGAAUUUAAUGAAAUCGCCAGCGUGGUAAAAGGCUUUGUCCAUUACGUUAGUUUCUGUUCCCCCACGUAAGCACUCCACCUAAUUUUUCCAUUUUCCCACUAAAAUGCUCAGUCCAAAAAGUCCCUAAGAUGCUCAAUUUAUGCUCAUUAUGGGGAGUUGGGUUUAAACGAAAGUGACACAGGGUCGUAAAUGAGCGGAAACAAACAUCGCCACAACCUUAAACUACUGACUUCUCCUCAGUCCUCACUCGGCUGUGUUCAAAUUAUGUCGAAUAUAAAAAUUUUAAGUUUUCUUUUCCUUUUUUAAACUGAAUUUUUCUUAUCCUUAUUUUCCUAGAAAGUGGCCCUGAAUCAUGCUUAAUGCUUUUGCCUCCUGAAAAUGCUAAAACAUUUUGUACAACGGCCUACUAAACCACGUGGAAACGAUUUGGGAGACGGGGCUAAUUUUACAAAUUGUUCAUAUCUCUAAAAAGUUCCUGGCUAAGCCCUUGGAAAGUCCUUUGUUCAUGUAGAGGGAGGGGAAAUGUUAUCAGGUGGUCGCCGAUGUUAUUUGACAUGUCGGACAUAGACAAAGGGACUUUCUUCUACCUGCAGGAGAAAAGUAGAAAAAAAGCGUAGAGAAAAGCUAUCGGAGAGUAGGAAGAGUCAUUCUGGUUUAUAGUGCAAACAUAUGCAGUCGUAGUAAAUUUUCACGAUUUAAGGCCAAGGUAAUUUUUUCUAGACUAGUGAUUUAAGACUAGUGUCCUAAGAAUUUAAGAAGUCCUAGCCCGAAAGGCUUUGCGUCAAAUUUCUUUGAAUAUGUGGGAUGAACAGAGUUUUUUGCACGUAUUUUAAAUGUGAAGACAGAACCUACACUGCGAUAAUACGGUACAUCAGGGUUUUUAUUUAACAAUUAAUGAAUAAUUCUUCAUAUGAUACGAAAGCCGAAUUCAAUAAUUGUUUUAUUAUUCAUUCAAAAUAAUUCCUAGUUUAAAAACAUAGCUAAAACAUGCUUACCUCCAUCGAUCCAUCGAUGUUAAGUUCAUCUUCGAUAGUGCACGUUAAGGGUUGUUCAGCUCCGCAAAUAUUCUCCAGAUAGCAGAUGUCGCCCUUCGAGUUGUAUUCUUGCUGUUCUUGCCAUGUUUUUAGCCAUUAUUUCGCCUAGUUCUUACUCUUAAAACGAGCGAAAUGACCGCCAUUUUUGUUUCCACAACCAAAACAACUCAACCUCGUCCCCAGGUCUUCUCGGUUAACGGUUCAUUAACCUGCAAAAACGCUGAAUUUUUGACGUCAUUUCCUCGCUAAACACAAAAUUCUUCCAAAUUUGGUCAUCAGUUACUGGUCAUGGUAAAUUAUGCGUGUGCCUUUAGCCAAUCAGAAUCGGGGAAAUAUUUUGAAUGAAUAAUAAUGCAUAUUAUUAAAAACUGAAUCAUUGGAUAAUGCAAUUCUAGCAUUUUGAUCGGCUUAGCCGUUAUGGUACAUUAGCUAUUAUACCAUGCUCUCCAUAUAUGGUCGGUGUACGCGUCAGCUUAAAAUUGGAAGCUAGCUGAGAUUUUUUUUCGCGAAGAAUAGAAUGGCGUCCGAAGCAAAUCGUUUUAAAUCAUUUCUUAGAAUACUAGAAAUGCAAAUUCAUCGAAAGAAAAAAGACAAAAACAAACAAAAAAGCCAGAAGAGCUUGUUUGAAAGUUUGUCGAAAAACACAUGAAAACACAUGGAACUAAAGUACCUUGACCAGCUACGAAAGAAGACAAGUGUUGUUUCUUCACGAUGGCGAAGCCAUUCGCCGAUCGAGUCACUCGCCGAUAGAUAACUUCGGCUUGUUUAUCCGACAUCAAGAAUAUAAAUGACAAGUAACCAGCUACAAAUACAGGCUAUGCAGCCAUUCACUAGAGCAAUCGAGGCGGCAGUAUAGCUUCUUUUCUCGUUCAGCAAAACCAGCUUGUGGCUUCAAACAACUUCAUAACAAGCGACCGAGGUAAUAGUUUUUCUCCGUUGUUCUUACUUUUAUAACUGCACCGAAAAUCCAAAUUCACAGUAAUUUCGACGGCUGUCACUUAAAAAUUCUUUUCCUUCACAUUAUCUGCCAGGUUUUUUAGCUGUUCUGCUGUGUAAAAUAUUAGAAUCCCGAUGAGUUUUUAAAAAACUAAUGUUCAUCGCUACAAUGUUUUGAUUUUUCAUUAAUGCAGUCCAGGCGAAUCCGUUCGCGCGUUGACAGUUUUGAUAGACGUGUGACAUGUGAAUAGCGGAAGUUCCUUGUCUUUUCCGGUUUGUUCUAGUAGGGGAGAUUCAACGAGUUUUUGUGAGCGUUUUUAACAAAACAAUUAUUCCACUCGCGCUUAUUGGAUAUGAGAUGAUUACAGCCAACUCGGCGCUACGCGCCUCGUUGGCUAUCUUUCACCUCAUAUCCAACGAGUUUGACUAAUAGUCGCGGGUCGCGGGUCGCGGGUCCAAUGUCGCGGUCGCGGGUCCAAUGUCGCGGUCGCGGGUCCAAAGUCGCGGUCGCGGGUCCAAAGUCGCGGUCGCGGGUCCAAUGUCGCGGUCGCGGGUCUAAUGUCGCGGCAGGGGAAAAUGAUUUGAAAACGACUGAUAUGAAAACAAUAUGAAGGGAAAAAAUCUUUUUUAUGCACGAUACUCAAGGGUAGCCAAUUUACAGGUUACGCAUGUUAGAGUCAACAAAAUAAUGUCUCAAGAAAAGACCUAAAAGAAAAAGCUGGCCGACUUUUGUGUUCACUGCAAGUUUAUUUUGUUUUCUUUCUGUCGGGCCCAGUUAAGUGUAAAUUCAGCUUUGAAUAUACUUAUGUACAACAGUAUCUGAUAAAAAAUGUUACCAUGAGUAACCAUUGUUUUCUUCUUGUCUAUGAAUUGCUCACAAAUUCUUAGGGGUGCAUUCACUGAAAAAUGUGCGAUACACUUCAUAGACUAUAAAUUAUAAACGUUACAACAACUUAAAACCUUUUUUAAAAAAGGCUACCUCGGGCUCGAAAAGCUACGAGUCUGUCGGUAGAAGAAACGAGAACUGUUUCAAUUUCAACAAAUGUUUUCGGCAAAAAUUAAGAAAACGCUUGUUGAAAAACUUCCUGGUCGCUGUAACGAAAAAUUGUAUUGCGUGAAUAGUGUGACUUUCUAGAAGCUUCGCGAGAGUUCAUAAUUUGUUUAUUUUAGGAUCUUGUGUAAGCGUUUCUAAAAGUGGUAUAUUUUGUAAUCUUUCUAUAAUUAGACUAUUUGGAAAGUUCUAGAAUCUUAUUGUAAACGUAUAUAAGCUAGGCGAGCCCGAGUUAAGUUUUAACUAGUUUUCACAAGCGAAGAGAGUUUGACGUUGGUCGUGUUUAGUCAAGUGUGACGAAGGCAGUGUUUAUUCAAGUUGGCGGAGGCCGUGUAAGUUUAACGAGUUACGUGCUGUUGUGGAGUUUUACUCAGUGGAAACUACGUUCAUCUUUGGAAUAAAUCUUCUUGUUGCUGUUCCGACAACCCUGCGUUCAGUUUAGUUUGCAAGCUACCCGUCUUCUAAAAGAUUACCCACGUAACAGUCGCAAACUCCCAAAAUAAACUCUUUGCACAAGUAACUGGAAAGAGGAGGAGAGACGUUGGGCUUGAAGUGCCAGUAAAGUACAUUCAAGCGGGUAUUCAAGGUAUGACUUUAAUAAAAAACAAGUAAUAAUCCACAGCAAGAUGGGUUAAAGCUCGAGCUUUAUCCUCUCUUGUCCACAGAAAGGAGUUUGUUCCCAAUAACGAUUGAAUUCCGGAAUCCAAUUUCUACCAAGAGAGAAUAGAUCAUAGUCUCUUGGUUCUACUGACAAAGACUUGAAUCCAGUACCUGGAUUCUGGAAUUACUUACCUAAUUUAUUGUCUUUUCUUAGCUCUGGUGGAGUUGAUAACUUACCGUUUUCAGUGUCCGGUUUACUUUCUUUUUCAGCUUCAUGAUAUCGGGCGUUAUUAUUUCCUUACCUACUUACUCACUUAGUUAUUUACGAUGCAUGUUUUCAGGAUUUGACUGAGCCGGACGCACAUUGAAUGGCUUCCUAUUGUCAGGUUGUCCUGGUUGCCAUUUAGGUGAAGAGAACAAGAAGUUAUAUUGAACUCUCUGGGUUGCCGUCUCAGUUGGAAAAAUAAAAGCAUUAAGCGAAAAUCUUGCUUCGAGGAACAGACUUCUUUCUGUGGAUUAUUACUUGUUUCCAUAUUAAAUUCAUGCCUUGAAUACCGCUUGAAUGAAGUUUCAUGCGCCUAUUUACAUUGUCUUUCAGUUUUGCCGAAAACAUUUGUUAAAUAUAAGACUUCUCGUUUCUUCUACCGACAGACUCAUGUAGCCUUUUUGAGCCCGAGUUCGCUUUUUUUUUAAUAAAAGGCUUUAAGUUGUUGUAACGUUUUUAAUUUGUAGUCUAUGAAGUGUAUCGCAUAUUUUUCAGUAAAGGAGCCCCUAAUCAUCUGUGAGCAAUUCAUAGACAAGAAGAAAACAAUGGUAACUUCUGGUAACUUUUUUAUCAGAUACUGUUAUGCAUAAGUAUAUUCAAAGCUGAAUUUACACAUAACUGGGCCCGAUAGAAAGAAAACAAAUAAACUUGCGGUGAACACAAAAGUCGGCCAGCUUUUUCUUUUAGGCCUUUUCUUGAAACAUUAUUUUGUUGACUCUAACAUCCGUAAGCUGUAAAUUGGCUACCGUAGAGUAUCGUGCAUAAAAAAGAUUUUUUCCCUUUAUAUUGUGUUCAUAUCAGUCAUUUUCAUUCAGUUACCUUGAACCCCAAAUCAUUUUCCCCUGCCGCGACAUUGGACCCGCGACCGCGACUUUGGACUCGCGACCGCGACAUUGAACCCGCGACCGCGACAUUGGACCCGCGACCGCGACUUUGGACCCGCGACACGCGACCCGCGACUAUUAGUCAAACUCAUAUCCAACGCGCCCUCGUGGAAUAAUUGUUAACUAGAACCACUACGUGGAACUUACCGGGGCCCAGUGGGAUACGGGAUUGCAUAGAUAUAGUUUACCUCUCGCACCCCUACCCCCUCCUCUGUGGAGGCUAAUACUUAGUCUGAAUUAACUCAUGCAGAAGAAAAGCAACAAAAUGCAUGAGAAAGGAGGAUGUUGUUGUAAGUUUGUUCAGUGUUAUUACAGCUAACGGUCUGUGUUAUAGUAGUGUUUUUAGUAACACUGUGAUGUCAAUAAGUGUGAUCUGUAUAAGGUUUUCAUUUGUUUUUAAGUUUGAGUGAAAAAGCAAAAAUCACUGACAGUUUUGGGUUGAAUGGUAAUGACAAAGUUUGCAAAGAAGUUUGUUACAGAAUUAUCACAAUUUCACAUUUUCUCAAGUACGUUAUCAUCAGGUUUAUCAUUGAGAUUUAUUAAUCACAUUUAUCUAUUUUUUUGCGAAAACACUGUGAAUUUGAAAUGAUAACAGACAUAAGACAUUUUGAAAUAGAUCUUUGUGGUCAUGGAUUGUUGUCUUGCACUGUAAAAAUGUCAUCCAGUGUUAUAUACAGACAUAAUAAAAUGCUUAUUUAUUGAUGACUGAGUAUCAUUUGUUAAUUCAUUGCACAUUGAAAUGGAGGCACUUGAUUGUAAGGCAGUGGUUGAUACAUAGUGGCAUUCAUCAAUAUGGCCUAUAGUAAUUAUUGUAGAGGAAGUAUUUCUUUCCUGAACUGGGUAAACAGUAGUAUAUCUGCAACUGCUUGAAUGAUAAGUGCAUCAGCCCAUGUACCUUGAAUACACAUAUUAUUUAGAUAUCUUAUCCAUGAAUUUUCGGUAUUGCUCUCAAUAAAUCUCUCAGGAUUGUCUCUCAUAAAUUGAACCCCAGCAGUACGUAUAUGCAUGUGAUGGUUGCUUUUGUCAUAUAAUUGAUGUGAUACAGAUCUAAAGAAACAAUCACCUGCACCGCCAACAUCUAUUGAUUGUAAACAAAGUGCACCUAAUCUUGACUGCAUCAAAUUCUCAGAGGAAAUAGGAGAGUUCAACUGCAUUGGUUGAGGUCACACUAGAGAAAGUUUACUAUAGUAAACUCAAGUUUACCAUAGUAAACGGCGCCGUAAGUGUGACCGGCAUUUUUCAGUUUACAAUGGUAAACUCUACUCUGGUUAAUUUCCAUGACUACCGCGGAAAGAACAAAGAUGACCCUUCACCGAUAACCAUCUGGUUACCAAAAAAAAUAGGUGGGUAUAUCUCUAGUCUAUCUAAACUUUGUUUGUUUUGUUGACAGUUUGUCAUGAUUUUUGAGGAAAGUAGUUUCAAAAAGGGUCACAUAACAGAAUAGCUUUAGAACAUCGGUGAUUGCUUUUUCCACAGUGCUUGAAGGUUUCUGUUUCUGUACAUUUCUUCAAACCAUUCCUGGGGUCGAGGUUAAACCCACGCUUGCCUUCGCAAUGCCGCUCUUUCUCUAAGAAUACGUCUUCGAUGAGUAAUCAAUAAACCUGUCACUAAAACAUCUUCACUAACUUCGUAUUCGAAACCAAGGUAGGUAAUAAGGGAGCGCAUUCUUCUUGCUCGUCUGAGCAGCAGAAUUAAAAGCAAAAUGCUCACAACAGAAAACAAUACUCUCUCACAUUGAAGCAUCUUUGUACACUUGUGAGGGUCACGCUCAGGAAGUUACAGUUCAGUAAUUUCAAUUUAGUCAGCUCUCAUAGCAGGUCAUCAUUUGUUUUACUUUUCACUCUCACGUUCCCGAUCACGCGAGAAAAAACGCCUGGAAAGUUUCAAAUGCCUUUUUAAGUGGACCUGUCAGGUUUACUACGGUAAAGAAGACGUUGCGAGACUUACCAUGGUAAAGCCCUUUUUACCAUAGUAAAGUCUCUAGUGUGACCUCAACCAAUGUUGAGCUGUGAUUUUGCAUAGAAGGUCUAAUUAUUACUUCAUGAUGAUCAGUGUUGUAUUGAGUAGCUCCUGGAUUCUUCUCAACAUCUUUACUUAGUUUGAAAUUCACAUAAUUGGUCAUAUGACUCACACAAUUGCAAGAAAACAAUGAUAAAGAUCGACGUGCUUUACAUUAUUUUUAGUUUCAUUAUCCUGUGAUAAUGCCUGCUAAAGAAAGACAACAAAUAAGCUUUCUUGGGUAUAGCCAUUUUAUUUAAGUUAAUUAUCUUUGGAUCGCGUUUGUUAUUACAUUUAUAUCGUGCAUGAUAAAGUUUUCUCACCUUAUUAACAUAGCGAUGGAGCUUUGAAGUCUUCGGUAUGUCAAUCAUUGAAAUCUUUUUGAAGACAAAUUUUGAUAAGUGUUCGCUUUGAUUCUCGAUAAAUUUCACGAUGGAAGGUUCCCUCAAUUUCUCGAUAAGUUUCACGAUGGAAGGUUCAGUCUCAGAAGUGAUCGCUCGUAAAUUUGUCUCUCCAAAUAUUCACUCUUAAAUUUUCGCUCAUAAACUAGUUGGGUUGGGGGAACGUGUCGUUCCCCCAAAAAGCUAUAAUCUUUCUCUUGACUGUCCUCCAUGCCUCUUCUUUUCAAAAUGGCGGAUAAGAUUUCAAUGAGCCAGCGAUAUAUCUCAGUCAGCGAUAUAUCCCUAACAAUGUAACGUUGAAAAAACGGACGGUCUGCAUUUUAAGACCGGUGCCAGCCUUCGGCUGGGCCCCGGUAAUUAUAAUCUAGAGUUCUUUCACCAUGAAUGCAUAGCCUUGGUCAAUGUUUUCAGUAAUAUAUUUGUUUGCAUUGUUCCUCUGCAAACUCGAGGAAUCGAUAGCCCAUACUAUCAAGUCUAUAGAUCGAUGGAAAACGUAUACGCAGUAUUUAAGUGAACAGAAAACAGAAUGAAUAAAAUGUUCAAAUGAUCGAGGAGUCAAGAUGACACAAGACAAGAUUGGCGGCCUUAUAACCAGGGGAAAUCCCUCUUAUUUUAAAUUCCGAUGCGGGGGAUUUCCCUCAACAUUGAAGACAAUCUUAUGCAAAUAAAUUGGAAGAAAAAGCUUUAUUUCGUAAGUCACUGGAUCAAGCAAAUCUUUGGAGAAUACAAAUUUUUUUGGUGGCCAUAUUUAUGUAAAUAUACGUAAGUAUAUGAGGUUCUCCCGCUAAAAGAAGACAUUCAUUAUUAUUUUUAUUUAUCAAUAUCACUGGUGAGGAAAUCGAAUACUUUAAGGCUACUUUAAACUAGUUAAGAUUUCGAAUAUUAACUAUUCAGUUUAACACCACCCAUUUGACUUACAAGCAAGAUUUAAAGUCAAAGUUACAGUUCGUUUCGAUGGGCUAUGCCAUUAGACUACUAAAAGCCUCGGCACUUUUAUUAAAGAUCAUCGUAAAGACACACUCUGGAAGGACUUCAGUUUCACUUUCGCAAAGCAUAAGCUCCGUUGCAGAUAUAUAUAAAUAUCGUAAGGGAAAAUGCCAGUGAAUCCAGUUAAAUAAUUUAUUUCCUUUAGCAAACGAAGAGGUCUUAUAAUUAUUUAAGUAGAAUUCACUCCUCGAUUGGACCGAUCCUCCCAGGACUGCUUGCUACGCAGGUUUUGAGAU